AUGACGGAGUACGACUUCUCGACGCGCGCCGGCUUCCAGCUCGCGAUGAAGAACGCCCUUUGUACUUCAUCACCGGAAGAAACAAAACAGUACGCAGAAGCAACAGUAAUCUCAGAUUUCUAUCACAUCAACAACGGGAAGCGUAACUCGUUCGAGGAGUGGUUCGCAAGUCUCGAAGCCUGGCGCGGAAAGAUCACAGGCUACGAGCCCAAAGUAGAGGAGUUUCUGCGUGACGGCAAUCAGCUUGCAGCGCGAAUGACCGGCGUGCUUGAUCUGGGCGGCAAAGAUACGUUCUACGAGUGCUUCUUCUUCACCGCGGUUGACGGGGCAAGUGGAAAGCUGGCGUCGUUGACAGAGAGAGCAAUCUGGGGAGAUGUUGGGGGAGAGGAAGUGCAUGGGACUACUUGA